AUGACUACCUUUGUUUUCCGAGUUUGUAAUGUCAUUGCAGGGCGCACGGUUGUGGAGCAUGCAUAUGACGCCGUGGUCGUUGGUGCCGGAGGUGCUGGGCUACGUGCCGCGUUGGAACUAAGCUCAAACGGCUACAAGACAGCAUGCAUAUCUAAGCUAUUCCCAACCAGAAGCCACACUGUGGCCGCUCAAGGUGGGAUUAAUGCUGCUCUAGGUAAUAUGACCGAGGAUGACUGGCGGUGGCAUGCUUACGACACGGUCAAGGGGUCCGACUGGCUGGGCGACCAGGACGCUAUCCACUUCAUGUGUAAAGAGGCCCCUCAGGCCGUCAUAGAACUUGAGAACUACGGUUUGCCGUUUAGCCGUACAGAAAGCGGUAAAAUAUACCAAAGAGCUUUUGGAGGUCAGUCACUUAAGUUUGGCAAGGGAGGGCAGGCAUACAGAUGUGCCGCAGCUGCUGACAGAACAGGUCAUGCUAUGUUGCACACCCUGUACGGCCAAUCUCUUGCAAAAAGUUGCCAAUUCUUCAUCGAGUACUUCCUUUUGGACCUUAUCCACGAGAAUGGACAGGUGGUCGGGUGUAUAUGUAUGCGCAUGUCCAAUGGCGAGAUCCACGUAUUCAAAACCAACCAUGUAAUUCUGGCUACAGGUGGCUUCGGGAGAUGUUACUUCAGCUGUACCUCGGCACAUAUGUGUACUGGAGAUGGAAAUGCCGCUGUUUCACGUGCCGGUCUACCUCUUCAAGAUAUGGAAUUCGUACAGUUCCACCCAACUGGCAUCUAUCCGGCGGGUUGUUUAAUUACUGAAGGAUGCAGGGGUGAAGGUGGCAUUUUGCGUAACAGGGAAGGUGAGCCUUUCAUGAGCAGGUAUGCUCCUGUGGCUAAGGACCUAGCAUCGCGUGACGUGGUAUCUAGGGCUAUGACCUGCGAAAUACUUGAAGGAAGGGGUUGCGGUCCAAACAAGGAUCACAUUUACCUUGACCUUACCCACCUCAGUGAUGAAGUGUUCCGUGAGAAACUGCCAGGAAUCACAGAAACAGCGAAAAUUUUUGCCGGUGUAGACGCAAGAAAGCAGUACAUUCCUGUUCUGCCUACCGUACACUACAACAUGGGAGGCAUACCAACCAACUGGAAGGCGGAAGCCAUCGAUAAAAACAACAACAAGGUUCCUGGAUUAUAUGCAGCUGGUGAAACGGCCUGUGCGUCAGUACAUGGAGCUAACAGGCUUGGUGCUAACAGUUUGCUAGACAUCGUUGUAUUCGGUAAAAGGGCUGCAAUAUCUGUUAUGGAGAACACGGCAAAUGGCGAGAGCUUAAAGAUUACUAAGAAUUGUCUGCAAGAUGCUGUGGAUUCAUGCAUCACGAACAGAGACGGAAUACCCACGUCUACCAUCCGCCUAGAGAUGCAAAAGAGUAUGCAAGAUAAUGUUGCGGUGUUCCGUGACGGGGAACGGUUAAAGAAAGGUGUCGCUUUAAUACGAGAGUGUUUAGACAAGUUCAAGGACGUCAAGCUCAGUGACAGUUCACCGGCAUUCAAUACUGACCUUUAUGAGACUCUGGAACUUGAGAAUCUCCUUACAUUAGCCAUGCAGACAGUUGCGUCUGCCGAGGCUCGCAAGGAAUCGAGAGGGGCACACUCGCGUGAGGACUACCCCAAGAGGGACGACGAGAACUGGCGCAAGCAUACGCUGUCUUAUUAUGAAAGCUCGGAUAUGAAGGACGUAAAAUUAGCAUACCGUGCAGUGAUAGAUACCACUCUAGGCAGUGAUAUGGAGACCGUGCCCCCCUUCGAAAGGACUUACUGA